UUAAUUAACCGAAUCAAAAAGAAAUUGAGAGCUGAGGAAAGGAGCUCGGGCAUCGCGCCGCCCAAGCCCACAGAACUUGAAAACUUGGUGGAAGAAAUAAUGGCUCUCGAAGAAACAGCUGAUGCAGAGAUGAAAGAAGACGACGAAAAUAUAAAAGGAAAGGCUGAAAAAGAGAAGGCGAAGGCCACAGGUAUGAGACUUAAAGCACUUGAGAAAGUGUCGGAGACGAUGAAAAGACAUUCAGGCGAAAAUGAUCAAGGAAAAGUAAAGAAAAGAGAACGGAGAAGUGGCCGCGAGACCAUGUUGUUCCUGUCCAAAAAAGCGGAAAAAGACCAGGAACUUAAACUUGAGGAACUCCAGCUGAAAAAAGAGUAACACGAUUUGGAUGCAAAACGUCUACAGGCAAGCGUUGAUCAGCAACGCCAGUUUCAGCAACAACAAAGUGAAAUGAUGCGGCUAAUGAAAGAACAACAACAACAGCAGCAACAGCAACUCUUGGAAUCACAACAACUGAUGUUGAGACAGCAACAAGACCAAACUAAAGCAAUGAUGAGUUUGUUGGACAAAGUUGUGAACAAAUAG